AUUCUAACGGUGUCGAAAUAUUCUAAAGUUGUGAAAAUAGCAAAUUACCUAUUCUUCCAAAUUUCAUGUCUGUUUAGGCGAAUGAACAUUUACUCGAUCAAUAUGUAUUUUACGUAAGUAUAUCAGCUUUGAAAAAUGGAGGCAAUAUCAGAAAACCAGUCAGAUUCUAUUGAAAACUUGGACACCACAGCAGAUUGUAACCAUCCAAAAGAAGCCGUAUCAUAUCCAUUUAUAUGUGGAAUCUGCUCUGAAAAAUUUGACAAUCUUAGGACAUUUCUACGUCAUUUUAGAUGUCACAGUACUUUAUCCAGGAAUAGUUUCAAUGUUUGCAGUUGCCUGUAUGAAGAUGAUACAAAUUUGGAGAUCAACAGAAAAAAUGAAUCUUUCGAAUGUAGAAUUUGCAAGAGUAAAUUCUCCUCAAUUUGCUCUAUACAUAGUCAUGUCUUAAAUUGUUCAGCAGAUGGGUCGUAUAUAUUUGAUAACACAAAGAAAAUGGUGUACCCAUUAAGUUUGCAUUGUUCUUACUUUGAAAGCAGGGAAAAUGAUACGGGUGAUAGUAUCGAAGAAGAUUAUGAUAAUCUAACUGAGAAGGAGACAGUUGAUGAUAAAAGUGAUGGUAGUGUUUCUGAUAUGAUGAGCAGAGCAGAAAAAGUAGAUCAUAUCCUAAGGACUGUAUGUAAAUUAUAUGAAAAAAGCAAAACUGAGGAAAAUGUGAAUGGAAGAAAUAUUGAUGGUAAGAAAGCAGAAAAGAAGAGAGGUAGACCAAAAAAGCAUCAUAUAACAAAUGGAAUACCUGAAGCAGCAAAUGUUGAAACAGAGAAAAAGAAAAGAAGGAAAAGUGCUGUUAAAGAUGGUAAGGAAAUUGAAGAAGAAAGAACUAAAAAUCAGGAAAUAAAAGAUCAUAUUGUUGUUAAAGUUGAAGUGGAAGAAAGUAAUGUUUGUAAGGAAAAUUCCGACAAUAAUAAAUCAGGGAAUUUCAACAAUAUGUGUAAUAUAUCUGGUACACAUAAUGAUGCAAAAGAUGAUGAUGAUGAUGGUGGUGAUGAUGAUAAUGAUCUGACUGAUGAAUAUACACCAGAUGAAAAAGAUCUAGGCAAUAAACCUGAAAGGUAUAAGAAAGGUUUUGAAAAGAAAAUCUCACUUAGACUUGCACAACUUGCAAAAGAACUAAAUAAUCAUGAUUUAAAAGAAAGAAGGAAGAAGUCAAAAAGUUCAACUAACAAAAGUUUGCAACCUAAAAGGAGUUGUUUACAAAAAGCAGAGGAGGAAUGUCCUCACUGUGGGAAGUUCCUUAAACCAUAUAAAUUGAAAGUUCAUUUAAUCAGUCAUAUGGAAGACCGCCCAUUUCAGUGUGACUUGUGUCCAAAGUCAUACAAAUAUCAAGGUCAUCUGGAGUCCCACAAGGCAUCGCAUCAAGAAGUGAAACCGUUCUAUUGUGAAAUGUGUGGAAAGGGAUAUGUCACAAUUACAUUGUUGAAGCAUCAUUCAAUGAUGCAUCAUUCAGACUCCAAACCUUGUGUAUGUAGCAUCUGUGGGGCUAGCUUCAUUACCAAUUAUAAGUUGAAAAGGCACAUGACAAAACAUACAGGUGAGAAGUCUGUACAGUGUGACUUGUGUGGAAUGGGAUUUUCAACACGCUACAAUCUCAGUGUGCAUAUACAGGGUGUACACAAAAGGGAAAAUCGGUUUGCUUGUCAGCAGUGUGGCAAACAAUUCAUGACAAACUAUCAGCUCAAAGUUCAUACAAUGAAGCAUUCAGGUGAAAGGCCAUACAAGUGCGCUCUUUGUAGAGCUGAAUAUAUAGAACGUAAAGAACUGAGACGUCAUUUGAAGAAAGUACACAAUCUACCAUUGGAGGAGAGCACCAAUGCACUAUCAGAGUUGCUGGAGGGAUACGAUGCAACAAAAGCAGCUUCAACAAAAGUUGGCCAUCAGAUCUCAUCAUUCACAGGUCAAGUCUACAAUCAGAUAUUUGAGCAGGCAGAAGCUACUACAGCCUCGGAUUACAUAUCAGCGGGCAGCGAGAAUGCAUUUACUUACACUACGGGAGACGAGUGUAGUUCAUCACCUUAUUAUCCCGUUAUCAAAAACACCAGUGUGAAAGUGCUCCCAGCGAGGGACUAUCAGAUGGGGUACCCGAAUACUCACGAUUACCAUUAUGAUAAUUCAGCGGAGGAUCUUGCUGUACCAUUGACGGUUCAGGAAAUACAUGAUAAUUCUAGAUACCAUACUUCCAUAAAUGAGCAUUGUGCUGCAAAGGAUUUAUCUAAACACAGGGAUGAAAAAGCGAAUUUAAAUGGUACUACACAGCAUGAUAUGGGUGCAAAUAAACAUCUGGCAAAACAUGGUAAAGAAGGAACAGUCGGGUCAUGUGAAAAAAUUGAUCCAAAUUUUACAGUUCUGUGAUGUUCUGUUGUUGUCUUCUUUAUGUUGUUAAGUUAUGAAACUAAAUACUUGUUAAAAUUUCUGAAUGUAACUUUGUUGGCAUUAGAUAUUUAUGCCGCCUUCAGAGAAGAUGGGGUAUAGUAUUUUGCUCAAUCGGUCCGUCUGUUUGUAGACUAUUUGGUUUCCUCUCAAUUACUAGAGAAUGCUUGGGUCAGCAGAGGAUGAUUGCCUCUGGUCAGUAGAUAAUCCUUUAUGUUUGGGGUCAGUAGGUCAAAGGUCAAGGCCACAAUGACCUUGAGACCGAGAACAGUUUCCCCUAAAUAACUAUAGAAUGCUUUGGCUUGCAGUUAUCAGACUUCAUAGGGUAAUUGCCACUGAUUACAAUGUAGUAUAUGACUCCUAUUGUUAGUAGCUUAAAGGUCAAGGUCACACUAUCCUCAAGAGUGAAAAUCCUUCGGCCUAAUACCUUUAAACUUCAAAGGUCAAGGUCACAUUGACCACUAGACUUAAAACAUUUCAGCUUAAUAACUGAAGAAUGCUUGUGCCUUUUAACUUUAUAGAAUUACUCUUUUUGAUCAGCAAAUUAAAGGUCAAGAUAAACAACAUAAUUACAUACCCAUUAUUGGUGGGUUGAGGGCAUAUGUGCUUUACAAACUGCUCUCCUUUACAUUUGACUUAUUUUUAUACUGAAAAUUUUAUUUAUGAACAUCAAAUGCCUUUCAAAUAGUUUAACCAACUAACUCAUUAGGUAUAUAUCCAUUAGGACAAGGUUUUAUUAUUUUGGAGGUACAGCUUGUGUUUCAUAGCACAUUCAUUUUUCAGUGGUUUUCAUGAAGAUACAUACACAGUGAUUAUGCUACUGUAAGAGCAGUCAGAUGGUGGACUGCGGGCAGAGGGAGCAUAAAAUUGUUGAUUUGUUUGCCAUCUGUCCUUAAAUCUUUAUCUAAAUUACUCCCAUAGUUUUUAAGGGAUUUGGACCAAACUUACACAUAAAUAUAAAGUGAACUAAAUAUUGUAAGAAUAUGAAAGUUCCUUGCUCAGUUUAUAGCAGCUCGAAAUUUUAUAGAAGGCAUAAUGACUCUUUUUACGGUUCAGAAAACUAACAGAACAUAUCACUAUGUAAUGAACUCUAUUAUACCGCCAGAUCAUACAUGUACCAUGUCUAGUUUAGGUGUAAAAGCUGUUUUAGUUUUGCAAUCCUUUUCUCUAGAGCUUUGAUAUUUGGCAUGUGAUAUAAGGGUUUAACUCUCUUUAACCAUACUUGUCCAAAUUAUUGCCCUAAGGUAAAAAAACUGGCCAUGCCCCUUUGUGUGACAUAGGCUUUUAUGUAAAAAACCUUGAAAAUCAAUAAUAGCUAGAGCCUUUAUAUUUGGUGUGUGAUAUCGGAUUUCAUUUGUAAUUUGUACCAUAAUUGUUCAAAUUAUUGCCCUAGGUUCAAAAAUUUGUGUGACAUGUAUAUAAUAUACUGUAAAAGCACAUAUUUUUGCGGGGUCAAAAUUCCAAGAAUUCGAAAAUAUGAGUAUGUUCGCGAGGUUUAAUAUUCACGUUGUAAAAAAAGUAUCCUACUUGAAUUUGAAUUAUACUAAUGGUGAAUAUUUACGCGAUGAUUAAUUUUCACGAGAUGUAGGAUCUCGCGAAUAUAGCGAAAAUUAAACCCUCGCGAAAAUUUCUGCUUUUACAGUAGGCUAACAUAGAAGAAACCUAACUCUGUACUUAUACAAACACACUUGAAGCCUUGUACACAGGUGAGCACUUUAGGGUCAAUGACUCUUGUUUUCAAGUAGGGGCACUAGGGACUUCUUCGAGGCAGGAAGAGCUUAAAAGGGAAAUACUAUUAAAGGUACAGCCUGAGAUAUCAUCAUCAAACUUGGUCUACAGCAUCAUUAGAAGGUCCUUUAUUCAUUUUGUUCAAAUUGGGGCAUUUGGCCGUUUUAGGGCCACUUGAUGCCUUGAAACAACUUUUUCUCAUGAAGCUAUUAAUGCAUCUUCCAUCAAAUCUGGUGUGGAGCAUUAUAAAGUCCACUUUUUUGGCUCAUCUUGUGAAAUUUAUGAUCGUUUGUUGUCUGCUGUCCAUCGUCUUUUGUUCACUUUCUGUAAUGAACAUCUCCUAAGCUGCCAAAUGUCACAGGAAUGUUCCUUGUGGGGUUCCCCUUCAGAUUCUUUCAAACCUAGGCCAUCCAUGCAGAAUUCUGGUUGGCAUGGCAUCCUUAAGGAAACUUUGAAAAUCUUCUCCUCAGAAACUGAACGCCUGAUUUUGGAUUAAUUUUUCAAAAAUGUUCCUUUGGUGACAAUAUACCAAAGUCCUUGAAAUGAUUUUUUCUUUAAAACACAUGGCUGCCAUGGGUCAGGGCUAGUUUCCCCAAUUUUGCUAUAUACUAGUAGUAAAUUUGGAAAAUCUUAGAAAUGGCUGGCACAAUUUCAAAAUUAUUUCACUGCAAUUUUCAUUGAGUGGCUCUACCAAAUUCAUUCAAUGGCCCUUGUUCCACUUUAAAGCUGUCAAAUAGCCUUUGUUUUGCGUAGAACAGGGAAGGGCAAAAAUCCAGAUAUUUGAAAUAUUGUUCCUUAUUAUCGGAAAUUCGUUAUUAUAAUGUUUUGUUUGUUUUAUGUAUUUUUUCAUUAAAUAAAGACUUUGUCUUACCAUGAAUGUGUCUAAUCUGAAGAUUGUUUGUAUGUCUAAUAUAAUUGUUUGUUAGGUUUUGAAUUUCAUGAGUAAUUUAAGAUGAAAUUAAUAAAAUAGUUUGAAA